AUGGGUCGCGACAACGACCUCCAAGACAAAGUCUACGCCGUCACAGGUGGAGCCAGCGGAAUCGGCCUUGCGACUUCCCAGCUUCUACUGUCGAGAGGCGCUGCAGUCGCAAUUGGCGAUGUCGACGAUGCUGCUCUGGUAACUGCCAAGGAGACCUUGAGGGCGUUUGAGGGACGGGUGAGGUAUACGAAAGUUAAUGUGGCGGAGAGAGAUUCUGUCGAUGAUUGGAUUAAAGGUGUGGUGGAGCAAUUCGGGAAGUUGUCGGGUGCUGCGAAUUGUGCGGGAGUUAUUGGGAAGCAUCAUGGGACGAGGAUGGUAGAAGAGCUUGAGGAUGAUCAGUGGGAUCUUAUCAUGGCUGUUAAUCUUACGGGCAUGAUGUACUGUCUCCGAGCCGAACUCCAAGCAAUACCCGGUCCGGGAAGCAUAGUCUGCGUCAGCUCAGUCCAAGGCACUCUCGGAUUCGCCAAACACGCCGCCUACGCAGCAAGCAAGCACGGCGUUCUCGGCCUCGUCCGCUCUGCUGCCAAGGAAGUUGGCUCGCGCAACGUUCGCGUGAAUGCCGUGACUCCGGGCUCGAUCCAGACGCCCCUGAUGGACAAGCGGAACGCUUUAGAGGGCGUGGAGCAGAGUGAGGAGACGACGCCUCUGGGUCGACUGGGGACGUCGGGGGAGGUGGCCACUUUGAUUGUGUGGUUGUUGAGUGAUGAGGCGACGUUCGUGACGGGGGCUACGUAUGCUGUUGAUGCUGGAUGGGCUUGCUGA